CUUCUCACCCAUUAUUUAUUGCCCCCUCUCAUCCUCCUCCUCUUUUCUUCCCAAAUUCCUCUCCCCUCUCCCCGUUUAGCAGUUCCUCAUCACCCCUGAAUCUCGAAAUCGGUUGGAAAUUUUUAUUAAUUUUUUAUUGUUUGGCGAAGGAUUUCGAACUGAAUCGAACUUCGAAGCCGAUGGGAAGCAAUUCCGCCGCCGGAGGCCAGAUGGAGCUUCCGCCGGGAUUCCGAUUCCAUCCGACGGACGAGGAGUUGAUCACUCAUUACCUCGCGAACAAAGCGAUCGACAGCGGUUUCUCUGCCGUCGCCAUUGGAGAGGUGGAUAUGAACAGAGUUGAGCCCUGGGAAUUGCCCUGGAAAGCGAAGCACGGCGAGAAGGAGUGGUACUUUUUCUGCUUGAAUGAUAAGAAAUAUCCGACGGGGCUUAGAACGAACAGAGCAACGCCGUCGGGGUACUGGAAAGCCACCGGAAAAGAUAAGGAAAUUUUCCGGGGAAGAGUCCUCGUAGGGAUGAAGAAAACUCUGGUUUUCUACAUGGGUAGAGCUCCAAAAGGUGAAAAAUCAAAUUGGGUUUGCCAUGAAUACAGAUUGGAGGCCAAAUUCUCCCCUGAUAAUCAUCAAUCCAGGAACGAUUGGGUGAUCAGUCGGGUAUUUCACAAGACAGCCGGAGGUAAGAAAGUGCAUAUUUCCGGGCUAACAAAGAAACCCGACCUGGCAUCGAAGCUUCCUCCGUUGACGGACCCGUCUUCGUCGGAGGCUGCUUCGAGCCACGUGCACUGCUUCUCCAAUGCCAAGAUUGAAGACGGCGACGGCGAUGAUUUCGCCGCCGCCUGCCUCGGCAACCCCCUGGACCCUUUGGUCCCAGGCCCUGGAUUCCCAUUCCAGGCUGGGUUCGGGUUCCAAGAUGGGUCGAUUCUCCGGAGCCUUCUGACGGGCUAUGUCCCGGACCUGAGCCAGGGGCUCGGGUCUCGGGACACGGAGAAUUCGUCGAUCGGGAAAGAGGGUUUGGAAGAAGGAGGGGUUGGGAAUCAAGAUCAAGAUUUGGAUUGCAUUUGGAGUUAUUGAAAAAUUUGAUCAAUUGAGAGGGAAAGAUUAACAAAAAAAUAUAUAUUUAAAAUUUAAAAGUGUGAUUAGUAUUGUUAAUUGUGAUUAACAUGAUAAUUAUGGUGUGUGUAUGUAUGUGUAUAUAUAUAUAUAUUUGUGCGUAUGUGUUAACUAUUAAGGGGGUGCGAUGAAAAUGGGAAAUUGUUGGUUGUAUAAAAGAGUAAAUUAUGUAUUUGACUUUGAAUUAGAAUUAGGUUUUCUCGUUUGGAUGGAUUUUUGAAAA